AUGAUUUCACACACGAAGAAAAUCUUGGUCGUGCUGGGUGCCACCGGAAACCAAGGCGGCUCUGUGGCUCGAGCCUUCCUCUAUGACGCGGCUUUGGCCAGCCAUUGGCACAUACGCGGUAUAACUCGAAACCCUUCUUCUGAGUCUGCCACCGAAUUAUCGACUCAUGGAGCGGAAAUGGUGUCUGCCUCUCUCGACUCCGUGUUGGAGCUCGAGUCAGCUUUCGCCGAUGCAACAGCAAUCUUCGCAGUCACCGACUUUUGGAGUGCGAUCCUGACCGAACAGGUCACUAGUAGGGUGCGAAAAGAUGGAGUCAAUCUUGCCAUUGCUACCCAGGACCUAGAGGAAUCUUGGGGCAGGAACAUUGCAAUGGCCGCGGCGGAAAUAUCGACGCUGGAGCGCUUCAUCUUCAGCAGUCUUCCUCCUGUCUCUGAUCUAAGCCUUGGGAAGCUGAAGCAUAUUUACCACUUUGACGGCAAAGCCAACAUUGUCAAAUACAUUCAACGAGAGCAUCCCGCACUCUGGGCCAAGACUUCACAGAUCUUGGUUGGAUUUUACAACUCCAACAUCCUAGCGGACUCAUAUUUUGGUCCCAGCUUCAAUCCGGCGACAGGCAAGAUCGAGUUCGAGGGGCCCGUGAGUGACGAUAAUCUUGUACCGUUCAUCGAUGCUUCGUCCAGCACCGGGAACUUCGUCAAGGCCCUGGUGCUUACUGAGCCUCUUGGCACGAUAUUGGCAGCCUACGACGAGAUGAAGUCGCUUAAAGAGUGUAUCGAGUUGCUGCGUAGGAAAACGGGUCAGGACUUUGUUUUCCCGCUAGGUCGCGAGGCUCCGGAGAGCUGGGUUUGGCUUGCAGAAUAUGGUCUUUUUGGGGAGAAGAUAGAUGGAUGGAAAGAGUCUCUGAAGUUACUCGGAGAUCUAGAAAAAAGGAUGAAAGCGGGCAGUGUCGUCGAAUGGCUUUCGGCACAGGACUGGAGCAAGGCCUUUCGGCCUGCUUAGUGCAUGCAACGGAAGUGCCUCUACUAUCGAUGAGACGUAGGAUGAAUAACGAUUGACCGGUGUAUUCUUCGAACCAAUGUCGUACCAACAUGCCAUGGCAGUUCCAUGGAACAAGCUCCUUGUUUUUCCCUUCACGGAACCUGUCUUGGACAUUGGCUUAUCUGCUAUUCAUGAAGUUUACCCAUCUUGAUACCUUCGCUUCCGUGUUGAGUCCUCAUUAGAAACCCAUGCCUCAGUGAUAACAUGAUAGAAGAUAAUAUGCACCGGCCGACGCCGACGACGAAACUCGUGAUAUCGCAAUUCGCUGACAACCAAUUCCUAAGCGAAGCAUCCGACGUUGGGAUGUCUUGCCUGAUU